AUGCGAGGUGUGGACGAGUGUGGUGUGAUGGUCAGCGUACAGCGUCACCGCUGCGCCAGCAAGCUCGAGUGUGCGGCGCCCACGCUCGCGGAGAGCUGUGUCCUUGACAUUACCGCUGCGGAACCUGCCGCAGUUACAUCACAACACCGUGAGUCGCACCCGCCACCCGCACCGCGACACUCGCCCGUCGACUUUAACAAUUACCAAUAUGUAUCGGUAGCGCUGGCGGCGGUGGCGGGGACAGCUCGCCCGUACACGGUAUCAGGAGAGGGGACAUCACGGGACUUACCAGAGGCAGUCCAGCAUGAUAGAGACAUGCAAGUGGCGCCCGCAGGCCGCACUCACCUGCAACAACAGAACAUCGCGUUAGCCACGACCAGCGGAUACAUGGUGUAA